AGACUCCAAAACGAAAAUUUUGGGUUCGACCUAUGUUAUUACAACGGAAGAAAAAAGGUCAUUUUCAUACUCUCUUCCAAUAUAUAAAAACCAAAGAUCAUGAGCAAUUUUUUAAGUUCACACGAAUGACUGUUUCGCAAUUCGAGGAACUAUUACAAAUAUUGCGAGAAUCUUUAACGAAAAAAAGUAUUCGUGAGCCUCGAUCACCAGAACAACGACUAUGUAUUACUUUGUAUUACUUAGCCCAUGGCUGCAGCAUGCAAACUGUUGCAUGGAACUUUUACGUGGCCAAAUGUACAGUAAGCAAAAUUAUCCGUGAUACAUGCAGAAUUAUUUGGGAAAAGUUAUCGCCGAAGUAUUUGCCACGGUCUACUACAGAAGAUUUUAUACGAUAUGCUCAAGAUUUUCAGGAUAAGUGGAAUAUGCCAAAUUGCAUUGGUGCGAUUGACGGAAAGCACAUCGUUAUUCAAUCUCCUUAUAAUAGUGGGAGCAAUUUCAUCAAUUAUAAAAAGACAUUCAGCAUCGUUUUAUUAGCAGUUUGCGAUGCUAACUACAUUUUCACGCUUGUUGAUGUCGGGGCUUUUGGCUCGCAAAGCGACGGAGGAGUGUAUAAAUCAUCAGCUUUUGGAGAAGCAAUGGAUAAUAACGAACUUGGUGUAUCAGACGAUACCAACUUAUCGGGAACUGAUAUAAAGUUUCCAUAUUAUUUAGUAGGUGACGAAGCUUUCCCAUUGAAAAGCUACAUUAUGCGACCAUAUCCUGGAGCUAACUUGAAUAUAACACAGAAAAUAUUUAAUUAUCGUCUCUCUCGAGCACGUCGCGUAAUUGAAAACUGUUUUGGGAUUUUGGCUAGUCGUUGGCGAAUCUUUAGAUCGACGAUUAUUGCGGAUGUCAAUACCGCAGAAUGGAAUAACUCUCAACAAGUCCAGAGAAUGCUAUGUAUUGUUCUAAACGUCACGUCGAUACAGAGGACCAACAAGGAAAUGUAG